AUGUAUAAAACUGAAGCUGAGCAUGAUCAUCAUGUUGAAAAAGUUCGUGGUAUUGAUAAAAAUGUUAAAAAGUGCAUAGAAGAAUUAUAUAAUGAUGGUAUAAUGAAGCCAAAACAAACUAUUCCAGCACUUCAAGCAAGAAAAGUAAAGAUGCCAGCGUAUACACAACUGAACAAUUAUCUUGUAUAUUAUAAAAAAAAAAUAUGGUUCACAUAA